AUGGCCGCCGCCGCUCUCCAAGCCCCCAUUUCCAUCCAGGCUCCCGUCGCGCCACCCACCGUGAUCGCCUCAACCACAUUGCGCGCCACACGACCCACCAAACAGAUCCCCGAGUCCAUUAUCCACCGAGCCCGCGCCGUCGAUAAAGUGGACUUCGACGCCACCAAGCAUCUGGCAACUGCCGCGCCCGGGAAGGUCUUCAUGAUGAAGGACCUCGGCUUCGAAGGCGCGGGAAUCUCACCCACCGCUCUGUCCGAGCCCUUCCCCCUUUUCACACCAGAAGCCGUCCAGCAGAUUCGAGCCGAAAUCUUCAGCGAGCCUGUGCUCCGCGACUGCCAGUAUGCCUCCAGCUUUGCAACGAACAUGAUCCGAGGAUAUGGGCCACAACGCGCCCCCUUCAUCUUCAACGCCUGGCACAGCCCCGAGCUGCUGGCCACCAUCUCCCGCGUCGCAGGGAUCGAGGUCGUGCCCGCGAUGGACGUGGACGUAGGCCACGUCAAUGUCUCGGUCAACGACCCCGUCGUCGAGUCAACCAAGUCCAGGUCAACCGACGACACAGACGACGACAGCGCGCCCGCCUUCGCCUGGCACCAUGACAGCUACCCCUUCGUAUGCGUGACGAUGCUCUCCGAUUGCGAGGGGAUGGUCGGCGGCGAGACCGCGGUGAAGACGGCCAACGGGGAGGUGUUGAAAUUCCGGGGUCCGCUGAUGGUGCGCCGGUACAUCGAGCACCAAGCGCUAAAGGCGAUCGGCGGCCGCGAGCGCAUCAGCAUGGUGACCGCGUUCCGGCCCAAGAACCCGCUCGUCAAGGACGAGACCGUCUUAACCAGCCUGCGGGGCAUCAGCGAGCUGCCCGAGCUGUACAGCCAGUAUGCGCUGUACCGGAUGGAGAACCUCGAGGAGCGGGUGCGUGCGCAGCUGAAGAAGCUACGGGAGCAGCACGCGCGGCGGUGCUUCGAUGUCGAUGCGAUUCGCGGGGCGUUGGGGGAGCAGCGGGCGUUCUUGGAGGCGACGCUUGGGGAGUUGGUGGAUGUGUAG